CCUCCAGCACAAAUCCUCAGAGGCAGCAGAGCACAGGAGCUUUGAGCUUCGAGGACAAGAGCCAGCAGGAAACCGAAGAACACACUCACCUGAGUAAACAUGACUUCCAAGCUUGCUGUGGCCUUCUUGACAGCCUUCCUCAUCUCUGCAGCUCUGUGCGAGGGUACUGCUGUGACGAAGUUGACUACGGAGCUCCGAUGUCAGUGUGUCAAGAUUCACUCCACGCCUUUCCACCCCAAGUUUAUCAAAGAAUUGAAAGUGAUUGAGAGUGGACCACGCUGUGAUAAGUCUGAAAUCAUAGUGAAACUGCGUGACAACAGACAGCUCUGCCUGGACCCCAAGAAAAAGUGGGUGCAGGAGGUUGUGGCCAAAUUCUUGAAGAGGGCUGAGGACCAAGAUUCUUAAAAAAAGAAAGCAUUCUCCAUGACAACCAAGAAAAUCAGUGAAGAUACCACUGACAUUCCAACAAAUCUACUUCAGUACUUCCUCUAUGCUGCGGAUCUGCAGAGAGGUUGCCAGACGCAACGCUGGAUGCCCAGUUGAAUUUGAAUUUCAGAAGGCAAUGAACAGCUUUUUUUCAUUGUUCCACGCAAUACCCAGGACAUACAUAUAUUAAAAGUUAUUUAUUUGAAUCUAUGACAAAUGAAACAUCUUGUUUUAAAUGUAAGGACAUUUUAGAUAUUGCAUGGGACACUGCACAAAGGACAAAAUUGAGAUCAAGGGCUAGGAGAAUAACUGGCUUUCUACUUCAGGAAUUGGUUUGCUAGAAAUGCGACACUUCAAGCAUUAGAUGAUAGGGCAGCAAUGUUUUUUGUAAAUUUAAUUUCAGCCAGAAAACCCUGACUGUUCCGAGUUAAAUCUGCCACCCUAGUUCUACUGGCCAAGACCAUGAUUCCCUGCUCAUCUGCACCUUGGAGCUCCAUCUAUUCCUCAACUAGGGAAGAAGUAUCCGCCACCACCCUUCCUCACCGGAUGUUAUGGGGACACAUGGAAGCACUUUAACUUUUUGCAUGAUCACGUAAAUUAUCUUCAAGUGUAACUAGUCAUCUAUUUAUUAUUUAUGUAUUUAUUUAAGCAUCAAAUACUGUAAUAUUGCUGCAUAAAUUUGAAAAAACAGAGAAGGAAGAAGUACAGUUGAGAGGGUAGUGUGAUGUUAUAGUAAAUUAUUAUUUAUUUUAGAUAUUGAAUGAUACUAUAUUCGAGAACUUUGGAUCAGGCUAUCCAGAUUUAGCAAAAAAAAAAAAAAUACAAAUAAAAGGACAACCAGUUAAAUUUUUACUUUAAUUUAAAAAUAAUAUUUUAAUGUAUGUUGCUUAUCUGAAAUUUUAGUUGUGUUGAUAAUCAGUUUUGAUAUCCUUGCACUUGUCUAACUUUAAAAUGCUUUUACGUUUUCCGAAAGAUACUCUCUACUGCUUUUGAUACUAUGGAAAUGAAAAUGGAAAUAUAAAAUGUUUAAAAUAUAAUUUACUGUCAAAGUCA